GUUUGUGAGAAUACCUCAAGUUGGACUUGGAAGGAAGAUUUACCAUGACUUUGAAGUGGAAUCAGGUUAUAUAUUGUUAAUGUGGAUGCUGUUGUCCAAAUUUCUGUAGCUAUGGCACAAGAAUAUAAGAAAGCAUGGGAUUGUGGCAAUCACAGAGUCCCAGUGAUACAAGUUCCAUUCAGUUCUUUCUGAAGGAAAGCCAUCUAUCAAAGUAAAGCAAAGGAACUCUUGUGGAUUAUAAUGUUCUAAAGAUCUGGAUUUUCAGAGAUUUGAAAAGGAGUUAUUUUGACCUUUUAAAUGAAAAAGAUUAAGAUCCCGUGCAACUGCUGUGUUUUCUGGAAGCCAUUCUCCAAAAGGGAAGUGCACAUUUAAAACUUAGGCAUGAUGGUCCUUUCUGUGGGGGUUUAAGUCAGAUUGCUUUUGCAUCAUGACCAGCCUGAAACGGUCACAGACAGAGAGGCCGGUUGCCACUGAGAGGGCAUCCGUUGUGGGCGCAGAUGGCACCCCCAAAGUCCACACAGACGACUUCUACAUGCGACGUUUCAGGUCCCAAAACGGCAGCUUAGGGUCAUCUGUCAUGGCUCCUGUAGGGCCCCCCCGAAGUGAAGGUUCUCACCAUAUAACUUCAACCCCCGGAGUCCCAAAGAUGGGGGUUCGGGCAAGGAUUGCGGAUUGGCCCCCCAGAAAGGAAAACGUAAAAGAAUCUAGCCGUUCAAGCCAGGAAAUAGAAACCUCAAGUUGCCUUGAGAGCCUGUCCUCCAAAAGCAGUCCUGUGAGUCAGGGAAGUUCUGUAAGCCUCAAUUCCAGUGACUCAGCCAUGUUAAAAAGCAUACAGAACACGCUGAAGAGCAAGACGCGGCCGGCGGAGAGCAUGGACUCCAGGUUUCUCAUGCCCGAAGCCUACCCCAGCUCCCCCAGGAAGGCGCUGCGCCGCAUCCGGCAGCGCAGCAACAGCGACAUCACCAUAAGUGAACUUGAUGUGGAUAGCUUCGAUGAAUGUAUCUCGCCCACUUACAAGACGGGCCCAUCGCUGCACAGGGAAUACGGUAGCACAUCCUCAAUCGAUAAGCAGGGAACGUCCGGAGAAAGCUUCUUUGACCUGUUAAAGGGCUACAAAGAGGACAAGUCUGAUCGAGGUCCCACUCCGACCAAGCUCAGUGACUUUCUCAUCGCCGGUGGGGGCAAGGGUUCUGGUUUCUCCUUGGAUGUGAUAGACGGGCCCAUCUCACAGAGAGAGAACCUCAGGCUCUUUAAGGAAAGGGAAAAACCACUCAAGCGGCGCUCCAAGUCGGAAACCGGAGACUCCUCCAUUUUUCGUAAAUUACGCAAUGCCAAAGGUGAGGAACUUGGGAAGUCGUCGGAUCUUGAAGAUAACCGAUCGGAAGACUCUGUCAGGCCCUGGACAUGCCCGAAGUGCUUUGCCCACUAUGAUGUCCAGAGUAUCUUAUUUGACUUGAACGAGGCGAUUAUGAACAGGCACAAUGUAAUUAAGAGGAGAAACACCACCACAGGGGCCUCGGCAGCUGCAGUGGCAUCCUUGGUCUCAGGGCCUUUGUCGCACUCCGCCAGCUUCAGCUCCCCAAUGGGCAGCACGGAGGACCUGAAUUCCAAAGGAAGCCUCAGCAUGGACCAGGGAGACGAUAAAAGCAAUGAACUGGUGAUGAGCUGUCCGUAUUUUCGGAAUGAGAUUGGUGGAGAAGGGGAAAGGAAGAUCAGCCUGUCCAAAUCAAAUUCCGGUUCGUUUAGUGGAUGUGAAAGUGCCUCCUUUGAGUCUACACUCAGCUCCCAUUGUACAAACGCAGGCGUGGCAGUACUCGAAGUGCCCAAGGAGAACUUGGUGUUACACCUGGAUCGGGUGAAAAGAUACAUCGUGGAACACGUGGAUCUCGGCGCCUACUAUUACAGGAAAUUCUUCUAUCAGAAGGAACACUGGAACUAUUUUGGGGCUGAUGAGAAUCUUGGUCCAGUGGCUGUGAGCAUUCGAAGGGAAAAACCAGAAGAAACGAAAGAAAAUGGAUCUCCCUACAACUAUCGAAUAAUUUUUAGAACUAGUGAGCUCAUGACACUGAGAGGGUCAGUGCUGGAGGAUGCCAUUCCCUCAACGGCAAAGCACUCCACGGCUCGGGGGCUCCCCCUGAAGGAGGUGCUGGAGCACGUGAUUCCUGAGCUCAACGUUCAGUGCCUGCGGUUGGCCUUCAACACCCCCAAAGUCACAGAACAACUCAUGAAACUGGAUGAGCAGGGGCUGAACUAUCAGCAGAAAGUAGGCAUCAUGUACUGCAAAGCUGGACAAAGCACGGAAGAAGAGAUGUACAACAAUGAAUCGGCCGGCCCAGCCUUUGAGGAAUUCCUCCAGCUGUUGGGAGAACGCGUUCGGCUCAAAGGAUUUGAGAAGUAUCGUGCGCAGCUUGACACCAAAACUGACUCCACUGGAACCCAUUCUCUGUACACAACAUACAAAGACUAUGAGAUCAUGUUCCAUGUUUCUACCAUGCUGCCAUACACACCUAACAACAAGCAACAGCUCCUACGGAAGCGGCACAUUGGAAAUGACAUUGUAACAAUUGUUUUCCAAGAGCCCGGAGCACAGCCAUUCAGCCCGAAAAACAUACGAUCCCACUUUCAGCAUGUUUUCGUCAUUGUCAGGGUUCACAACCCCUGCACUGACAGUGUCUGUUACAGUGUGGCUGUCACCAGGUCCAGAGACGUGCCUUCUUUUGGACCUCCCAUCCCCAAAGGGGUCACCUUCCCUAAGUCAAAUGUGUUCAGGGACUUCCUUUUGGCCAAAGUGAUUAAUGCAGAAAACGCCGCUCAUAAGUCGGAGAAGUUCCGGGCCAUGGCAACCCGGACCCGCCAGGAAUACCUGAAAGACCUGGCAGAGAAGAAUGUCACCAACACGCCUAUUGACCCAUCCGGCAAGUUUCCGUUCAUUUCUCUGGCCUCCAAGAAGAAGGAGAAGUCGAAGCCAUACCCCGGAGCCGAGCUCAGCAGCAUGGGGGCCAUUGUGUGGGCCGUCCGGGCCAAGGACUACAACAAGGCCAUGGAGAUGGACUGCCUCCUCGGGGUCUCCAAUGAGUUCGUCGUCCUCAUCGAGCAGGAAACGAAGAGUGUGGUUUUCAACUGUUCCUGCAGAGACGUGAUCGGGUGGACUUCAACCGACGCCAGCCUCAAAGUCUUCUACGAGAGAGGCGAAUGUGUGUCCGUGGAGAGUUUCGUUAGCAAUGAUGACAUCAAAGAGAUUGUCAGAAGGCUUCAGUUCGUGUCAAAAGGCUGUGAAUCGGUAGAGAUGACUCUGCGAAGAAAUGGGCUAGGACAGCUCGGCUUCCAUGUCAACUACGAGGGCAUCGUGGCAGAUGUGGAGCCGUACGGCUAUGCCUGGCAGGCAGGGCUGAGGCAGGGCAGCCGGCUGGUAGAGAUCUGCAAGGUGGCCGUGGCCACUCUGAGCCACGAGCAGAUGAUCGACCUCCUGAGAACAUCGGUCACAGUGAAGGUCGUCAUCAUCCCCCCACAUGACGACUGCACCCCACGGAGGAGUUGCUCUGAGACCUACCGCAUGCCAGUGAUGGAGUACAAAAUGAACGAAGGGGUUUCCUACGAAUUCAAGUUUCCCUUUCGAAAUAACAACAAGUGGCAGAGGAAUGCCAACAAGGGGCCGCAUUCACCUCAAGUCCCGUCCCAGGUGCAGAGUCCCAUGACCUCGAGGCUGAACACCGGGAAGGCGGACGGGAAGAUGCCUCCUCCGGAAAGAGCCGCCAACAUCCCCCGCAGCAUCUCUAGUGAUGGGCGCCCGCUGGAGAGGCGGCUGUCUCCUGGUUCGGACAUCUAUGUGACGGUCUCGUCCAUGGCUUUAGCAAGAUCCCAGCCAUGUCGCAACUCCCCGAGCAGUCUGUCUUCAUCCAGCGAGACCGGCUCUGGAGGGGGCACCUACAGGCAGAAGUCCAUGCCUGAAGGGUUUGGAAUCAGCCGCAGAUCCCCCGCCUCCAUCGACAGGCAGAACACCCAGUCAGACAUUGGUGGCAGCGGGAAAUCCACACCCAGCUGGCAAAGAAGUGAAGACAGCAUCGCUGACCAGAUGGCUUACAGUUAUAGAGGACCUCAGGAAUUCAAUUCUUUUGUCCUCGAGCAGCAUGAAUAUACAGAGCCGACCUGCCACCUCCCAGCAGUAUCCAAGGUACUGCCAGCUUUCCGAGAGAGCCCCAGCGGGAGAUUAAUGCGUCAGGAUCCGGUGGUUCAUUUGUCUCCAAACAAACAAGGGCACUCCGACAGCCACUACUCCAGCCACUCCAGCAGCAACACCCUGUCCAGCAACGCGUCGAGCGCCCACAGCGACGAGAAGUGGUACGACGGGGACCGCGCCGAGGCCGAGCUCAGCAGCUACAGCUACCUGCAGGGCACCUCCGCCGACAGCGGCAUCGACACCACCUCGUACGGCCCCAGCCACGGCAGCACGGCCUCCCUGGGGGCGGCCACCUCGUCGCCGCGCUCGGGGCCGGCCAAGGAGAAGGCGGCCCCGCUGUGGCACAGUUCCAGCGAGGUCAUCUCCAUAGCAGAUCGGACUUUAGAGGCAGAGAGCCACGGCAUGGACCGCAAAGCCGAGUCCUCCCUGAGCUUGGACGUCCACACCAAGAGCCCGGCCGGCUCAAGCCCUCUGACCAGGGAGAACCCCACGUUCAGUAUCAGUGAUGCUGCUUCCCACACCAGUACCAUGAGCUCGCGACACUCUGCCAGCCCGGUGGUCUUCACCAGUGCCAGAAGUUCACCGAAGGAGGAACUUCACCCGGCCGCCCCCUCGCAGCUCACUCCUUCCUUCUCCUCCUCUUCGUCCUCCUCCUCCGGCCCUCGGACUUUCUACCCCCGCCAGGGCGCUACCAGCAAGUACCUGAUUGGAUGGAAGAAACCCGAAGGAACCAUAAACUCCGUGGGAUUUAUGGACACGAGAAAGCGUCAUCAGAGUGACGGCAAUGAAAUAGCCCACCCCAGGCUGCGUGCCUCCACCAGGGACCUCCGGGCGUCCCCAAAGCCAACCUCCAAGUCCACCAUUGAGGAGGAUCUCAAGAAGCUCAUUGACCUGGAAAGCCCAACCCCUGAAUCCCAGAAGAAUUUUAAGUUCCACGCACUCUCCUCUCCUCAGUCCCCCUUUCCCACCACCCCCACGUCAAGGCGGGCCUUGCACAGAACGCUGUCCGACGAGAGCAUCUACAGCGGCCAGAGGGAGCACUUUUUCACCUCGAGGGCUUCGCUUCUGGACCAAGCCCUGCCCAACGACGUCCUCUUCAGUAGCACGUACCCUUCCCUCCCCACAUCUCUUCCUUUGCGGAGGCCUUCAUACACCUUGGGAAUGAAGUCCUUGCACGGAGAGUUCUCGGCCUCGGACAGCUCCCUCACUGACGUCCAGGAGACCCGCAGGCCGCCCAUGCCCGACCCCGGCCUGAUGCCCCUGCCCGACGCUGCUGCAGACUUGGAUUGGUCCAACCUGGUGGACGCCGCCAAGGCCUACGAGGUCCAGAGAGCCUCGUUCUUUGCUGCUAGUGAUGAAAACCAUCGGCCUCUGAGUGCUGCAUCCAACAGUGACCAGCUUGAGGACCAGGCCCUUGUCCAGAUGAAAUCAUACAGCAGUAAAGAUUCCUCUCCCACUCUGGCUUCUAAAGUGGACCAGCUGGAAGGUAUGCUGAAGAUGCUUCGAGAAGACCUGAAGAAGGAAAAAGAAGACAAAGCUCACCUUCAGGCGGAGGUUCAGCACUUGCGGGAGGACAACCUGAGGCUGCAGGAGGAGUCCCAGAAUGCCUCCGACAAGCUGAAGAAGUUCACAGAGUGGGUCUUCAACACCAUCGACAUGAGCUAGGCCGGAAGAGGCAGCCUCGGGGUUUCCUUCCCCUUAGUCCCGCUGUUGGAGGCAUUCCUCUGAGCUCCCGCCCCAGCUUCUGACUUUGCCCCCUUUUGGGGAGUGCACAACCUGACAAUUGCAGAUCAACAAUCAUUAUCUGCCUUUUGUAGAAAAGAAAAUGAAAAAGGUAAAUAAAAAUUUUAAAAAGGUAAAAUAAAAGUUUAACUGCUAAAA